CAACGCUAGUUAAUUGUUGCCUCGCUCCUCACUCCCCCAGACAAGAGGAAGCCGGUGCGUAUGGAGUACUCCGUACAGCAUCACAUCACCGAAUGCGAUCAAUAAUAUUAAAUUAAAUAUUAAAUGAAGAUGCUCAGCCUGCAUUCAACCUACGGCCGAACUGGCUGAAAUAUUAUAACUGAUUCUCCUUGUCCUGUCAGAUGAGAUUGUAACUACCCCCCCCACCAAUAUUCGAUAUUCGUAUAUUAAAUUGAUACUCCUACUCACUUAAUACUUAUUAAUUUGAGUUGAAAUUGCAACUGGCUUCUGCGUGUUUUCUUAUGAUAUGCUCGCUGUAAGUUAUAUGAUAUUCUCAUUUACAAGAAUCUUAUUUUACCGCUAUAUACCACUUUUAAACUGUCUCGCUAUCCGGUCCGGCCGGGAAGCGGUUAAAGACAUUCAUUCUUAUUUUAAGUUAACGGUCGAAAGCCAUGCCGGUCACUGGCCUAUAUUUCAUCCCCGCGAGCCAAAACUCGCCAACCGCAACAGAAACCGUGAUUGAGCGGCUUCGAUCCGCAUACAAUCCAACCCUGUGCGGGCGCUGGGCCCUAGAGCACAAAUUGCUACGAGAUACACCGUCAUGUCUACCACCAAGCGAUUAUGCUCCUUUACCGCCGCUGCAACCGCGCUUCAUGCAGUUUCUUUCCCUUAGUCACCGCCAACCAUACGGUUUCAUAUAUAUAUCUGACCGGCCCAAUCCGGACCCGUGGGACUCAAGAUCUUUGGGUGCAACGCAUGUAGGCCGUGUGCAGCCACAGCCGCAGCCGCAACAGCCGAAACAGCAGCAACAGCAACAACAACAGCAGCAGCAACAGCAGCAACAGCAGCAACAGCAGCAACAGCAGCAGCAACAAGAGCAGCAGCAACAACAGCAGCAACAACAGCAACAGCAACAACAGCAGCAACAACAAGAAAACCCUCCCCUGCACACACCCGACCCACCCUCCGCAGCCGGCAAAACGAUGAUGAUCCUCGAUUAUCCCUCCUACAUAUCCUUCCACGCCAUAACCCUUCGCGCCUGUGAACCCCUCUGGUGCCCGCGCCACACCAUCACCGUACCCAAUGGCAACCACUUCGAAAUCGGCGACUUCCGCAUCCGCAUCGGCGACGUGCGCCAGACCGCCCCGCAAACCCGUAUGCGCGGGACGAUUGUCGAGAUCGAAUAUCGUGGCCCCGCCGGCGCCGGCGAUGUUGCCGCUUCUGCUGCUGCUGCUACUGGUGCCGAUACCCACCCCAUGACCGAGGGCGGUGAGAUAUGGCCGCCGUCUAUCACUGAUGGCAAUAUCGGUCUUGGCGGUGGUCCUGGUGACGAGGACGGUAUCCUAUACCCGCAACUCGAGACAUUAUCGUCCUCGCCCUCGUCCUCAUCGGCGUUGGUAGAGGAUAUCCCGACGGACGAAGAUUGGGAGGUGGGUGAGGUGCUUAUCCGCGAGCUAUGGAGUCGGUUUGCGGUCGAGGGGGCGCGGGAGGUGAUUCGUGUGCCGCACUUGGGCAAAGAGGCGAGAGAGGCGAGGCGGUUGGGGAAAUUGGGGGAUAGAGCGGUGAAUGCGAGGAUUGCCGGGGCGGAUUUGGCGAGGCAGUAUAUGGAGGUUUUCAGGUUUAAUCGGUGA